AUGAAGCAUUACAUUGAAAGUAGCGGAGCAGUGGUUUUGAUUUCUACACCUGACUACAUACAAAAGAAUGGCUGGGUUGGCAAGUUGGUGAGUUUCCCAGGUACACAAAAAGAAAGUUGAACUUGUUUAAGGUAAAAAAAAAGGGAAAACUAUGGAAAACUCAUUUCCAUUGAAUACAGUUUCACUAUUUUGCUUUCACUUUAAAUUUUUCCGUCUCAUAUGGAAAGGAUGAAGAGUAGAAUGUACAAAGCUUACGACUUGAACUUAUAGCGUAUUCAACCGUGAAAAUUAUCCAAAAACUGAAUUGAAUAAGGUUUCAUUGUGAAUUCCUUUUCCACCGUAAUACGAUAUUUGUAGUUUGAGCGAUUCUAGGUGCGGCCAAAGUAGUUUGUGCCAAUCCUAGGUGCUCAAAACUCAUUUGAUUUAGUGGAAGUACAAAGAACUGUUUCCAGCUAACAACCAAGACUGUCCACGGAAAAAUUGCUGAUUCUAUUCUGGAAGACGCCGACGACGACAGCUACACUUCCGAAGGCCUUUCUCUGGAUGACACAUUGAUGGCGCCGUUUUCCAGUGGAACCAGUGGACUUCCGAAAUGCUGCCUUCUAACCCAUCGAAAUUUCAACGCCUCCACGGCUGCUCUCAAAAAGUUGGUUCAUAAAAUUAUCCAGAAUAGCUGUUCCUGGGAUAUCACAAACUAAUAAGAAUCAUUGCGAUUUCACAUAUUUACAUUGAUAGUACUAUGAAAUUGAGUUCGAACUCAUUCAAAAAAUUAAAAUUUUUCAGAGGGGUUUUCGACCAAGUUUUAGAGAACAGUUCUAAGAAAACCAUUGCAUUCCUACCGUUCUAUCACGCUUCUGGAUUUUGGGCUCUGAUAUUCUGCCUCAUGGAAGGCUGCACCUCCUACAUUAUGAACAAGUUCCAUCCUUUGAACAUGCUCGAUCUUAUCGAAGAGCACAAGGUUUAUUAUAGAUUCUUCCGAUCCAAGACUAAUCUCCAUUUUCAGAUCGACACAAUAAACAUUGUUCCUGCAAUCGCCAGGACUCUAAUUCAAAUCGGCAUGAAAGACAGGGCGCCGGGCCUACGGUAGCGUUUUUCGUCUACUUUUUAGUUGUUGACUAAGUUCAGAACAAUUUUGUGUGGUUCUUCGGCUUUGGACGAGCAAACAGCUCGGCAACUCUUAAAACUCUUUCCACGUGUCGAACGGCUCCUGCAAGGUUGGCAAACUUUGAAAACAUUGUUGCGGAAGGACACGAGUUUAAAGAUUGGGAACAAAAAGUUGGAGAAAUGUCUGAUGUAAUCAUUUUACUGUAGCAUGAGAGUUUUAGAUUUAAAAAUAAAGAUUCCUGAAAUUAUGUUUUAUAUAAAACGAUUUUUGGACAAAAAAUUGGAGCAGGAUUUUCUGCGAAGAUGUAGAAAAAUUUUCUCUGCUCUCUAAAGCUAUGAAAAAAUGCAUCUUGUUUGAAAAAAAUUAUAAGAAAAAAAUUACGAGUUUCGGUGUUCAAUUUUUCAAUCGGAUUACAGAAAAAAAUAUUAAAAAUAUUCAUAUUUUUUUCCUUUUUUUUUUUCAAGAUUAUUUUUCAUGAUCUUUUCAAAGGAUACGGAAUGACGGAGCUUGUGGUCCUCAGUCACAUCACACCAUAUAAGGACAAUUUUGUUCAUCUCGGAAGCUGCGGAAAACUGCUGCCAGGUUUUGAAGCGCAGGUUACUUUUUUUUUCAAACACAAAAGUCAGCUUGAAAUUGCAGUUGAUAAACACUGAUGGAGAAGUUAUAACAGAAAAUAAUGAGAAAGGAGAGCUGCUUUUGCGUUCCGACGCCAUUAUGAAGUCCUACAAAAAUGAGACUUUCGCUGUGGACCAAGAAGACUGGCUGCAUACCGGUAAUAUAGUCUUGAAGAUUUUUUUUCCACACAUUUUUCGAAAAAUGAUGCAAAAUAGAGACUUCAAAAUAUUUCAUCAAAAUUCCAAUUCUUAAUCUCAGUUUGAAGUUCAAAUUUUUGCUAAUCACUCCCUCCCUUUUCUGGGAUUAAAUUUCAACUUCAUGAGUGAAAAAUGCUGCGAACUUUAGGCGACAUUGCACUGAAAAACGAAGAUGGGUACUAUUUCAUCGUGGACCGCGAGAAAGAUCUGAUCAAAGUCAACGGGUUCCAAGUUUCACCGACGGAAAUUGUUAUCCCCUCACAAUUUUCAUCAACCUGGAAGUGUAAUUCAGGAAGAAGUUAUCCAACGGAACGAAAAAGUUAAACAAGCGGCAGUUAUCGGUGUGCAUGACGAACAAACUGGAGAAAAACCAGUGGCUUUCCUUGUUCUGGCAGAUGACGCCGAUCCUGAGACCACUGUUGCAGAAGUGCUGACGCUAGUCAGAGGUUCGUUUUUUCAGUUUAAUAUCCCAGGCAAAUCCUGGGAAGGUGUUGGGAAGGUAACCAGCAGGGUUUUAGACAAUAUGGAGAAGCUAGGAAAUCUUGACGAAGGUGUUCGGAAAGUGGUUUGGAGAUAUUAGGAAAGUAUAAAUCGGAGAUAUCUGUCAGAACCCUUCCCAAAACCUGCUGGAAUGCUCUGAGAAGGCUUCUGGCCCGUUUUUUUUUUCUCAAAGUAGAAGGUGUUGGAAAGGUAACUAGCAGGAGGUUGGAACGUGUGGAGAAAGCUAGAAGAUCUUGGAAAGCCUUUGAAAGUAGUUCGGAAAGUAGUUUGAUGGUCUUUAAAGUUUAAAAUAGAAAAUAUCUGCCAGAAGCCUUCCAGAAUGCUUUUAGAAGCCUCCUGAGAGGUUUUUUUUCCUAAGAAGAGUUGAUGGGAAUCUAUGUGGGAGCUUCCAAACGUCUUCUGAGGAACCGAAAGGAGAAGCUACUCAACUUUUACCUGAGGCUGAAUAUUUUUGUUUUAUUCUUGAAAGUUUUGGGGGAACUUUUCAACACUGAAAAAUGCAAAUAAAAAGAUUUGAAAGCUGUAGGGAACCACUAUUGAUUUUUUUUGGUUUUUGACAAGGAAGGUAAUUUUUCUUUGCGUUUGAGAAUUUCCUGAAGUUUGACCGAAAAAUAAUUCAUGUACCAAACGAAGAUUUUAAAAACCUGAACUUACACAACUUCCUAGUUUUCGAAUAAUGGGGCUCAAGACCCCAAAACAGCCUAUUUUUGAAAAAAAAAUUAUAGUCUUUUUUGACGUCGAAGUUGACUUUUUGAAAAAGUUGUGCAGGUCUUCAUCCAGUACAUCAAUAACUUUUCCCUUUUUCAAAGUUCAGUGUAAAAGUAAUCUGGUGUAUCUUUUCCAGAUACUUUGUCUCCUGUCAAACAUCUCCAUGGCGGAAUCCGAAUAGUCGAAGAGCUACCAACGUCUCCAAGUGGCAAGAUUCAACGCUACAAACUUCGAAAUUAA